AUGGAAGCCCUGGACGAGGUACGUACCAGUCACCUCUGCUUUACCGUCGUUUUUCUUACUCUCGUAGGUGCGUCUCAAAGUUUGUUAGUCGCCGUGGCCAAAGCCUCACAGACAUCCCCUUACAUUGGUGACUAUCCUGCAAGACUUCUUGCAGAUAUCACCUCCCAUGUCAAGGCUCAUUGUGCGGAAGGUUACGGAAGUAUUGGUGCCAUAAUCCAAAGCUCGGGGACCGGUAAAUCACGGACGAUGCAUGAGAUCGCUGCCAACGUGUUCACCAUUCUGAUUAACAUCAGUCAGACCGACAGUGCUGACCUAGGGGCUGGUUAUGUAUCCUACUUGCCCGAUAUACUCGUGCGCCAACAUUUACUGCCCCAUAGAUCUGUUAACCUCCACAUUCGAUAUCACUGCUUUCUCCGGGCCAUGUUCGAACGCGUAAAAGCGGAAUUGUGUGCCCUCAAGGUGGACCAGAAUUGUGAUCCAGCUGACAAAGCUCUGCUUUGGAGAGAGCAUCUAUCAAGUGGAUCCGUCCGCAAGAUGCUGUACAGAAAGGUCAUCGACUGCGCUAAAUCGCAUGAAGCUAUCACUGCCACUCUAACGGAUCACCCUGAUGAGUCCGUAAGGAAUAAAACACACGCAGAGCUUCUCUGGUCCACCAAUCAGAGCUUCGAGAGCUUACUCAAGGCAGUGAACUCUCGAGAGCACUUGAAGAUCCUGAUGUACCUCGACGAAGCUCAUACUCUAGUCAUCACACCGACAGAUACCACAAAUCAUGGCAUGUUGUGCUCGACACUAGCCGAUCUCAGUGACCUCCAUCAUUUCACUAUAUUUAUAUCGACGACGGGGGUGCUGAGGAUCGUUGAACAACACAUUCAGCACGACUACCGCUCAUCUCGAGCUGUCGCUCCGAUACCGAAGCUACUCGCACCUUUCACUAUCCUUCCUUUCGAUAUCGGACCACCUGUGCUACACAGAAAGACAACUUUCGAGACGUUACGAAGCAUCGAACCCCUUGCCCGCUUUGGCCGACCAUUAUCCUUGUUGUCCACUUUAUCCUUUAGAUGGCAUGUCAUGCUCGCGGCAGAUGUAACACCGGCGUCACUCAUCCUGCGGGCUCGAUCAAAACUGACUCACAGAGAUCGGGGCCGCCGUUCCAUGUCGCCUUUGCACGGCGCAGCUACACCUGCUGAACAUGUGAAGGAGCCCGAGAAGGUCGUACAGAUGGCCCUUGUGGGUAUUCGAGCCCAUCGUCUCCAGGAGAUGGUAAAAGGACACAUGCGUAUAGCAUUCUCUGUUCCUUCGCACAGGGAAUAUAUGAUGUCUGGAUAUCCUUCGGAGCCGAUUCUGGCUGAAGCGGUAGCGAUUUCGAUCUACGAAGAAGGCGUGAGCAUGGUGAAAGUCAUAUCUGAGCUUAUCCAGAAUGAUCUUAUCGACAAGGGCGAGCGGGGAGGACUUGUUGCCCGUCUAUUGCUUACUUUGGCGUGGGAUGCGGCAAUCCACAGUCUAAUGUCGAAAAAGAAACAUCCGACACUUCUGGGCUCUCACGAACACGGUCAUGCUGCCUAUUCCCGUCCCAUUCCUCUGAUGGACUUCUUGGCCGCUCUUUUACCAGAAGAAUAUCUGGAAAAGAUUCUACAGAGCACACCGGAUCAUCAACUAGGGGGGAGGACUUUCGGCGAGGCGUUCAAGUACGCCUACGUACACUUUACACAUUUCGGACGCGCCGGAAGUUCUAAUGCGAUCAACUCUGGCUCUGCGCUUGCGGCUUUCAUUCGUGGGAUGGCCUUCCAAUGCUGUUCCGGACACCCAGUCAUCGAUAUCCUCAUUCCUGUUCUCAUCGUCCCCAAACGUGAAGCCUCGCGACCCGACUUCAACGUCGACGAUCUGACUCUCGACAAAUUUCAACGCUCGAGUGUCAUGAUAUCGGUCAAGGAUAGGGAGAAUGCUGAGAAGAGGAAUUAUACGAUCAGUGCUGAAUCAGUCGACUUUUGGCUGGACCAAGACACAGACGUUGAUGUUCCGUACAUUGCGAUCUUGAUGCAGCUUGGUGACAUUGGGAAGCCUGCAGCUCGACGUGCCAAGUGUCAGACUGACUCGUCUCCAGUCGCCCCCACGAUCUCGACCCGUUCGCAGCAGGCUCCUGGAUCGAUGCAGAAACCAUCAGUGAAGACUGGUACCGUCCGUGCUACAAGACAGAGCGAGAGUCCUAAAAAAGAGCAUCCUCGCUACUCGAUUAUUAUCUCUGGCUGCUCCUCUAGCAUUCACAAGCUCAUCUCUCCCAAUGAGAAAGCCAUGUAUUCGGCAAUGUUAGCAUCCAAGGACGAGCAAUCUCUGGUUCUCCUCAGGAAAAUGAAACCUUUCUGGAACUUGGGACCUGCAUGUUUUGAUUGGGUGGCAGACCUGCCUGGCAUUGGCAUCGUUCCGGACGUUGUGGAAAUGGAUUAUGUUCCAGGUUUUAUGUAUGGUGACCAAAAUGUGGUCAUCGAAGAUGAGGAUGAGGAUGCUCCGGACAUUGGGGACGAAACUGGAGUGGAUCUUUGGCACAAUGCUUGA